CAGCAUGGCAUUCAGAGGAGGCUGUAUAUUUUAACUUCCUUUCCUGAGAGGACUUGGUUGGAAUGUAUGUGCAGGUAAGUCCUAUAAGAAAUGACAACUACCUGAUUAAAUUCACCAGUGACCAUAGUCGAAGUUCAUUGCAAAUCAAAGACACCAUGUAGGCCAAAUUUAGCACAGGGGAAAACAGAUGAACUGAGCCUGGAUGUUCAUUGCAAGGAUAUUAAGAUAUAGGGGCUAUAGCAGGUUAAGAAUGAUAGAAUACCCCCUAGAAACAUUGUUAGUCAAAGUGCCAUUUGCACAAGCUGGCAGCGGUACAGGUGCAGAAUUUAUUCCUCUGGGAAGCUGAGUUUUCUCAAUCUACCCUGGCAACUUUACAUAAACAAGGUGGUAGCAGUGCCUUAAAAGCCACACUUCCCCAGCUAAGGCAGACAUUAAUUCCCCAGACUACAGCAGUCAGAGCUGUCAGAAGACUAUAGCUUCUUUAGAUGGAAAACAAUCAAUUUUUAUUUCCCUUGUACAGCGGUAUCUUGCAAUUGUGUUUUUAUUCUUCAGAGCAGAAGUUUUUGUUAGCUCUCCAAACACCAAAGUCUGAUACAAACAAAGGAAUAAAUUUACUGUCCCUAAAAUUGUAAAACCUGUCCUGUUUGACAUGUCUGUUAGCUGUGUUUGUGAUUACAAACUGUUCCUAUGGACAGAGUGAUUAUUUAUGUAGUGGACAGUGGCAGAUCUGUUGCCAGUCAAAUUCCUCCCAAAGGGCUCGGUGCACGCAGGGAAUAGGAGGAGCAUCAGCAGCAUUACAGACUGCAGCAAACACAUCUCAUGCAAAAGACAGAAGAGCACAGAGGAGAAAAGAGAAGAGAAAGAGGAAUGAGAGAAAACUAUGCUGCUUGAGGAAGAAAAUAUAUAAACUGACAAUCAAAUACAUCAGGAGUUAUACAAGUAACAUGUCUCGGUCACCAGGAAGAAAGCAGGAGAACCACAAAAUAGGCAGAGAACUUUUUGUACUCACAUACGGGGCUUUGGUAGCCCAGCUGUGCAAGGACUAUGAAAAAGAUGAAGAUGUCAAUGCCUGUUUAGAUAGAAUGGGAUACAGCAUUGGCAUUAGGCUGAUUGAUGACUUUUUGGCUCGUUCAGCUGUGAAAAAGUGCCGUAGUUACUCUGAAACUGCAGAUGUGAUUGCGCAGGUUGCUUUCAAGAUGUACCUUGGGGUCACCCCUAGUGUGAGCUGCAGUAAUGCCACAGGGAAUGAAUUCUCCUUAAUCCUGGACAAAAACCCACUAGUGGAUUUUGUGGAGGAGCUGCCAGCAGAACGAGCAUCACUUUGCUAUUGUAACCUCCUCUGUGGGGUGAUUCGAGGUGCCUUGGAAAUGGUUCACUUAGCAGCAGAAGUUUCCUUCCUCCAGGACAGGCUGAAGGGUGAUGCUGUGACAGAAAUAGGAAUUACAUUUUUAAGGAAGCCUGAAGACAGAAGGCACAGAAGGAACAAAUGAAAGAAAUAUUGGAAGAAAACGCUUGCUUGAGGGAUAUUUGUGCCUUUUGUUUCAGAAGAAGACAGGAUAAAAAUGGCUUUGCUGAAUCAGCUGCACCAGCCACUUGGUUGAAAGGUGAAGAGAGAUGGGCAGCAAAGAGGAGGGACAGGGCAGGGGUGAGCAAUGUUAAUUGUCGUGACACAGAUAUCUGUAAAAAAGAUCAAAAUGAUCACAUACCAGUCUCUUGAGCUUAAUGGAAGUUUUAUCUCAGUAUUUAGUGCAUUCAUCUGUAUACCAGUUGUUUUCAGGUAAAGGUGAUGACCUUUUCCCCUUUUGUUUGUCAGUAAUGUUUCAAAGCAUGGCUGCUAGAGGCACUUUAUUUCCCUGGCUGUGUGUGGUUAUCCAUAAAGGAUUCAUCUGCUGUGAUUGCUGUAUGUCUCACUCACUCACUCACUCAUGCAUGUUUUAAUGUGCAAUGCUUUGCCAUUCAUUGUCCUCCACACUGCACAUCCCGCUAUCUUUGAAACCAGAGAGGGAUGGGCCUUCACUGACAGCAGGAGCUGGUUGUGUUCCUUCCAGCUCUCGAGGCCCCACAUGGAGUUUUGCUGGCACUCCUGUUCAGUCCUGUGCACACACCAGGCUGCAGCACUCUGACAACUGCAGCAGUGCUUGUGUCUCUCCAAGCUAUGGGCCUUUUCAUGUCAGCCUUCUCUCCAAGAGCACUGAUCUUGUGACUAAACUGAGCAAAGCAUGAUGCAUUUAAUGUGUAGCCAUUGUGGAUCUGUACCUGCCUAAGGAAACUUGAAUAAAAAUUCUGAGAUUGCCACACAAAUGGUUUGGUGGUCAUGUUUUCUGCUUUUACCUGGGCUUCACCACCAGCUGUUGAACAUCUUCCUUGUGGCAGUGGACUUGUUACCACAACAUGACUGGGAAGUAGAGAAGGAGCAGCCUCAGAGAAACCCACGUUAUAGGAAAGGUUUAAAGUUGUUUGGUGCAAUGCAAGAUGUCUGGAUAAAGGUUGGACAAAACCCCAGGUCCUAGCACAGCACCCUACCCACAAAGCCACCUUACCCACUUCUCAUCAAAACACUUAUUUGAAACUGAAAUACCAACAACUAAGUUCAGUGUAGCCCUGAAUUAACUCUGAUUUUAUCACUGUGUUUUGGACCUUCUCCUGUAUUUCCCCCAGUCUGUUUACAUCUUCAUCAUGCUGAGUGGGGCCAUCUCUUACCUUGGGUUCAUUCUCACCAGACCUGUACAGUCCUCAUGAUACUCUCUCUCCCAUUGCUUGUCUUAAUAGUGUGGUACAGUGGUGGCAUAGCAUAACAGAGCUUUAAGUGAGUAAUUUUAUAGGGUACAAAAACUAAACUAUUUGUUAACCACCCUUGGUCUCAGCCCAACUGCUGUUACCUGUUACCAGUAAGAAGUGGCAACAUGCAUGUGUAACAAUAUGUUAUAACCAGUAACAAGUUUCCCUGCCUUUUUAUUAUUUUAUUUUUUUUUUAAUUAUAUGUGAAAGGUAUUGUGGAAUUUGUCUGAUUUCAGUGCCUGUGAAAGAGCCCUCAGUGGGGUUUUUGCUGGUAAUGGCCAGCUGGUUGAGAUGGCCAUGUGGCUGACCACAAUAAAGGUUGUUUAUUGGCAAUGGUCAUUUUCACUUUUUCCAGCAACACUAGCCAAAUAUUCUCUUUUUUAUAAUUACU